AUGAGACCAAAAAAGGAUGCAAAGAAGUUUGCAACUCGGACUGGAGCUGAAGUUGGUGUGAUGCACUUUUCACCAGGUGAAAAACCAUGUUCCUAUGGUUCCUCAAGCAUAGAAGAAAUAAUGGAAAAAUUUCUCAAAGUGAAACUAGAGGAUCACCAACGUGAUUAUGCUGAGGAAAUACCUCAACAUAAACAUAUGAAGGAGCAGAAGUUGGCAUUGAAGUUGCAGGUAGAGAAGAUCAAAAAAGAAACACAAAGUUCUAUUUUGGUCGAGCAUCUGAAGUUUGAUUUAAAUGUUGCCCCUGAGCCAGAAGAGGAGGAAGAAUCUUGA